UUCUCUCCUCUCAUCCUGCAGAGAUGUCGCGCCGCAGUCCCAGACUAAGCUCAAAGGGGUACUAUAAUCCUGAUGACCACGCGGUUCGACAGAUCUCCUAUAAGGAGACCCCCAUCAGGAUCUUCAGGAAAAGGAAGCGGAAGCACAGAGUGGGCGGGGCCUGUCACAACUUAAUUAAUGAAUUUAACAUGUGUGAUUUCCAGAGCCUGGAAACACAGGAUCCCAUGCUGACAUCUGAAACACCUCCUCAGCAUGAUUCCCCACCCUGCAGAUGUUGUUUAGUUGUGAGGACGGCGGUUCCUCUUCCCCUCCUCCUCCUCCUGCUGGGUUUCGGUGUUUGGUUUUGCUACACGAGUGUUACUAAAUGGCCAGUUCAGCCUGCGGUCCACUUAACACAGGACACACACACACGGGAUCAUGCAGCUCUGUUUAAAGAGAUCGAUUUACUGAAACAGGUGAUAAUGCAGCAGAGGCUAGAAAAAGAGGAAAUAGAAGAAAUCGUACGCAGGGCGCUCAGCCGUCACCGGGCUGAUGAUAUUGGAAUGGCUGACUACGCGCUGGAGUCUUUAGGUGCCGCUGUGGUAGCCAGUACAGCGACCCAUAAAACCAGAUACUGCAAACUGUUCCGCAUCAGUAUGUGGUGCCGAAAUAACGGCCCUGAAACAGUUAUACAGCCGGAGGUCUACCCUGGUAAAUGCUGGGGAUUUAAAGGUUCUCAAGGCCACCUGGUCAUCUCUCUGUCCUACCCUGUACACAUCACCCACGUGACCCUGGAGCAUCUGCCCCGAGUGCUCUCACCCACGGGCCACAUCAGAAGCGCGCCGAGAGACUUUGCAGUUUACGGAAUGGUCAAUGAGAAAGAGGAAGGAAAUCUCCUCGGAAAAUUCACCUAUGACCAGGACGGAGAUCCGAUCCAGACCUUCGAACUUCCGGACUCUCCCAGUGAGGUGUUUGGGCUGGUGAAGCUGAAGAUCCUCAGUAAUUGGGGUCACGCUGAAUACACCUGUGUCUAUCGCUUCAGGGUCCACAGCCGGCCAAGGAGCAGGUAAAAAUGAAAUGAAGCAGAAAAGGAACAGGUAAAGUAGGUAAAAAAAAACUCAAAAAUUAAACAAAACAAAAAAACUAAAAUAAUACAAAAUAAAUACAAGCAAAUAAAUACAAAAUAAAAAAAAAAUUGAUAAAUAUUUAAAUACAAAUUAAUAUUAAAAUAAAAAUGAAUAAAUAUCAGACUAGGUAUCCGGAGUCACCCAGAUGAGGAUGGGUUCCCUUUUGAGUCUGGUUCCUCUCAAGGUUUCUUCCUCAUGAUGUCUCAGGGAGUUUUUCCUUGCCACUGUCGCCUCUGGCUCGCUCACUAGGGAUAAAUUCAUACAUUUAAAAUUUAUAUCCUGAAUUUAUGUAAAGCUGCUUUGUGCCAAUUUGUAUCAAUUUAA